AUGGACAAAUCUGGGACAAACUCAAACACCACCGCUACCUCGUCGACGUCGAAUGCCUCUCCGGUAACGAUUCUACCGGCCGCAUCUUUUCCACAGCCCGCUCCACGAUCCCCUCCGAGCUCUUCAGCACUAUCCGACAGUAAUGGAACCGCGUCUUCAUAUGACUCCUUAUAUGAGCUUGUGCAAAAAAGGAUUUCGACGUUCACAUAUUUAAAGCAAGUGCACGAGGGGAAAGUGCAUUGGUUUAACACUGUGUGUCUGAGCAAAGAAGAUUUGGGAAUGGUUUAUGAAAAUUUGAGGAUGAAGAAACGUACGGGAAACUUUUUCAUCCUUGGCGCCUCUCUUGCACCGAUACUUGAUAUUACCAAUUCGCAAGAUUAUGUGAAAGCUUUAAGCGUAAUGUUACAAGAAUUCGAAUAUCAUACAACCGAACAUUCAAAACAAAAGAUGAAAAUGUUUUUCCGAAAGUCAAAAAUAGUGAAGGAUGAUGAUGCCUCCUUUCAGGAGAGCGGAGAAUAUACCUAUCUAUUUGUGCCGAAUGUGCCGUCUGAGCUGGACUAUUUUCAAACCUUUUACACCUUAUGCGAUAUAUUGGUGGAGGUGUACAAUAAGCUAUUGACGGGAACCACCCAUACAUUGACAACAAGUUUCAUUGAGAGUGUCCAGAAGGUUGAUGGAAAAUUCAAAAAGAUUAUCGCGCUAAUAGCCAAAGAGAUAGACACGUUAUCCCGAAGCACGAUAAAAGACGAGUUGCGGGUCAUCGACCCGAUAAUAAUGAUGUCGCCCUCCAGUGGAAUCAGCAGUAGAAGGGUGCAUACUCCUGUCAAUUUCUCUAGCACGAAUAGCAAUCCAUCAACGAUUAAUGGAAAUGAUGGGAUAUGGGAUAGCGGUUGGAAUGGAUCAGAUUCUGGUAAGCGUUGGACAUCAGAUUUUCAUAUGACGGCUAGUCGAAACAAGGCUCGCCUUUUAGAUGCAGUCUUCAUUACCAGGAGUCAGUUGCUUGAUAGUCUAGAAGAUUAUUACAGGUCAAAAGGAUUCAAGGAAGGUUCGAGGAAAAGCAGGGGAGCCGGGAAGGGAAAG